CGUUAUGAAACACAAAUGGCCCAGUGCCUCGACCCAGAGUUCCCAGUUCAAGGGCUCUUGUGGCAUAUCGAUGGAAAUCUCUCGAACCGUGCAGCAGAAGUCGCUGUUUACAGUCUUUCAUUGUCAUCUGCUGCUGUGAAUGGUCUCUGUGGACUCCAGGGAGACUCUGAAGGAGGAGUUUACCAACUUUAUCCCACCGCAGCAGCCGGUGGAGGCAUGAAGGAGGAGUUGAGUUGAGUGGAGACGAGAGGAGGAAUGUGCGCUUUGUGGGACGACCCGUUAUAUCUGCACCUGAACACUGACAAAACAGCUGCUUGUGUUUGAACAGCAUUUCAAUGUGUCUGCAUGUGUUGUGACGUAGCUUUGAUUCCUGUGAAGUUUAUGGUGUGGUGUUAUACUGUAUGAUGUGUGAAAGCUCUUGUGUGGGGUCCGGGACCCCUCAGCGUCUGAUGCCUCUGGCCCUCAGAGGAGAAUGGGUCACACUGGAGCAGAAGAUCAAAACUUUAGACAGAGGAGAUCCGGAGAUCCUUCAGAUUGAUGAGGACUCGGGUUUGAACCUCCUGAUGGUCGCGGUGCGAGAGAGUCGUCUGUCUAUGGUUGACAGGUUACUGGAACUGGGCGUCAAUCUAAAUGACAAAACGAAGGACGGACGAUCUGUGUUACACGUGGCGGCUGCUCACUCUAAAGAGGAGAUUGUCAAAGUCCUGGCAAGAAAAGCCGAUCCUAAUGUAGCAGGAGGGGCCAGCGGUCAGUUGCCUCUGCAUUACGCAGCCUCUCGACCCACCGGAGGACUUGGAGUCGUGCAAACAUUGCUGAAAUACAGCACCAAAGAUGCUCGAGUCACACCAGACAAGGAAGGCCGUCUCCCGCUGCUGCUGGCUGUCCAGGCCGGGAAUGUCGGGAUUACACGGGAACUUCUCUCCAGCCAAUCAGAGCCGCAGCUCAGAGCUGUCAAAUCUGGAAACGGAGACACAGUCCUUCACAUCUGCUGCAGACGGAAAGACGUGGAGACGGCCAAAGUCCUGGUGGAGUUCGGCGUGAAUCCGGACUGUCAGAAUAAUGAAUGGCAGACGCCUCUUCACAUUGCCGCUCUGGAAGGAGAUGAGAACAUGCUGAAGUUUUUAUAUCACUGCAAAGCCAAUCCCAACAUCUUAGACAAGAUGGACAGAUCUCCUCUGCACAUCGCAGCCGAGCAGGGUCACACGAGCGUGGUGGAGAUUCUCACCGAGAAGUUCAAGUCCUGUGUGUUAGCGAGAACCAAGGAUGGAAAUACUCUGUUGCACAUCGCGUCUCAGUGCGGUCACCCGGGUACAGCCCUCGCUUUCCUGAGAAAGGGUGUUCCACUGCAUAUGCCAAACAAAUCAGGCGCGGUGUGUUUGCAUGCGGCUGCUAAGAGAGGUCACACAGCUGUAGUGAAAGCGCUGCUCCAGAAGGGGGCGCGCGUGGACUCCAGCGCUAAGAGCGGUCAGACGGCCCUUCACAUCGCCGUGGAGAACUGCAAACCACAGGUGGUGCAGAUGUUACUGGGCUUCGGUGCACACGUGCAGCUCAGAGGAGGAAAGGCUCAGGAGACUCCUCUACACAUCGCGGCGAGAGUGAAGGACGGUGAAAGAGUGGCUGAGAUGCUGUUGAAGAGCGGAGCCGAUGUGAACGCAGAACAGGAGAAUGGAGAGACUGCUCUGCACGUCGCCGCCCGUCACGGAUCUCUGCAGGUGAUGCGAGCGUUGAUCCAGGAGGGAGGUGAUGUCACCUGGACAUCGAAGGUAUUCCACAUGGAAUGUUGUUUUGGUGGACAAACGCGGGUGGGUGAAAAUCCUCUGCACGUCGCCGCGCAUCACUGUCACGCACAUGUGGUGGAGGAGAUUUUAAACUAUCUGAGCAACGAGAGAAGCCGGCAGGAGGCACAACUCUGCGUCCGUCAGGGGAACCAGGACGGUGAGACGCCGCUUCAUCUGGCAGCUGAACUCCAGAGAGACGCAGUUCAUCAGACGGACGAGGACGUCGACAUCAUCAGGAUCCUGAUGGAGCAUCACGCUGACAUCACGGCUGUUACCAAACGGAGCGGAGAAACACCUCUCCAUUACAGUGCCAGGGUGGGAAACACCGCGGUACUUCAGGAGAUGCUCGGUUACGUCCCCAGCAGUCAACUCCAGACGGCUGUUAAUAAACACUCAAAGAACGGCUGGUCUCCGCUGCUAUUGGCCGCAGAGCGAGGUCACACAGAGGUCGUGCGGCUUCUGCUGCAGAACAAUGCCAGGGUGGAUGUGUUUGAUGAGGAGGGGAAGGCGGCGAUCCACCUGGCUGCAGAACAAGGUCAUCAGGACAUCGUCGACAUCCUGCUAUCCCAUAAGGCCUUUGUCAACGCGAAGACCAAGCUGGGCCUGACGCCCCUGCAUCUGAGCGCUCAGAGCGGCUCGGCACGACUCGUCCGGUCACUGGUGGAGACGCAUCAGGCCAGCGUUGACGCUCUCUCUCUGAGAAAACAGACGCCUCUGCACCUAGCGGCCGACAGCGGGCAGCUGGACGUCUGCGGAGGCCUCUUACACCUGAACGCCGACGUCACCGCCACCGAUAUUCACGGACAGACGCCUCUUCAUCUGGCCGCUGAGAACGAUCACUCAGAGGUGGUCAAGCUGUUUCUCAGACACAGACCUGAGUUGGCCACGCUGGCUAACAUGGAGGGUGCGACGUGCGCUCACAUCGCCGCGGCUCAGGGCAGCGCUGCCGUCAUUAAAGAACUGCUGAUGUUUAACCAGGGACGACUGAUCACUCUCAACCACAAGGCUAACGGUUUGUGUCCGCUGCAUUUAGCGGCGGCUGGUGGCCAUACGGAGGUUGUGAAAGUUCUUCUGGACGCUGGAGCAUCGGUCACAGAAGAAGACACGGAAGGGAUGACAGCAGUGCACUUGGCUGCCAAGAACGGACACACACACAUUCUGGAGGUUCUGAAGUCCAGCGUUUCACUCAAGAUACAAAGCUCCAAGACGGGGUUGACACCUCUGCACGUGGCAGCAUGUUUCGGUCAGCUGGAUUUUGUGAGAGAGAUGUUGAUUAAAGUUCCAGCUACGAUCCGCAGUGAAGUUCCCGUCGCCAGCGGCAACAGCAGCGGUCGAGAUGACAUGAAGAGACAUCAGCCGCUAGCUGAGUCAGGCUACACCCCCCUUCAUCUGGCAGCUCAGUCGGGGCACGAGAAUCUGGUCCGGUUGUUGUUGAAUUCUCCUGGUGUUCAGGCAGAUGUGGAAACAGAUGUGCAUGGCUCAACUCCUCUUCAUCUGGCAGCUGGGAGCGGCCACGCGGCUGUGGUGGGUCUUCUGCUCAGCCGCUCCGGAGCGCUCCUGCACCUGACGGAUAAACGCGGCUGUACCUGUCUGCACCUGGCGGCCGCACACGGACACGUGGCCAUGAUCAGAGUCUUACUGGGCCAGGGAGCUGAAAUCAAUCACACCGAUCAGAGCGGAUGGACUCCGCUGCAUUACGCAGCUAAAGCCGGGUGUCUGGAGGUGGUGUCGUUUCUGGUGGAGAGCGGCGCAUCGGCGCGGGUCGAGUGUCGUGCCGGACAAACACCUCUGCAGUACGCCGCUCAAGAGAAUCAUGAAGACACGGUCAUCUUCCUCCUGAGACCAGAGAAGAACAUCCAGCGACUGCUCGAUGACAAGAAGUUUGUGUUUGACCUGAUGGUGUGCGGGAGGAUGAAUGAUAAUGUGGCUCUGGAGGAGUGUGUUCUUCACUCGUGCGCUCCGCUGGAUACGGCGGUGCGUCUGUCUCGAGCUCUGACUCUGGCCGCUCUCAGAGAGAAGGAGCGAUCGGUUGAUCUGCACGCGGCCGCUCAUCACUGCGAGCUCAUGGCCUCUGAUCUCCUGACGUUAGCAGCAUCAGCCGGAGGUCAGGGUGCAGGUCCCAUCAUCAGAGCCGUGGAUCACAGAGGCGCCAGCGUGUUGGACUGUCUGAUCGAGUGCCGCCAGAAGACGGUUGUGUCUCAUCCGGCCGUACAGAAGUGUCUGACAGACGUGUGGUACGGAGGCCUGCAGUGGGACUCGUGGAAGAUCCCGCUGUUGUUUUUCUCUUUGUUGUUCUGUCCUCCUCUGUGGCUCGCCCUGUCACUGCCUCUCAGACACAGUUUCAACACCAUCCCCAUCGUGAAGUUCAUGAGUCAUCUGGUGUCACACGUCUUUCUGUUGGCUCUCUUCAUCCUGACCAUCGUUUGUCCUCGGUCUCAGGCCCCUCUGAUACCCGGCUGGUCUGAAUGUCUUCUGCUCAUCUGGCUGUGUGGCCUGCUGGUGUCCGAGCUGACGUUCCCCGGCGAGCGAGCCGGUUUGGCGUGGAUUCGUCUCCUGCUGCUGGGUUUCUCUGCCGCCGCUCUCCUCUGUCACAUCCUCGCCGUCUUAACUCAGCUGUGUUAUCCGGCUCACGAAUUUCACCAGCACUGCCUGUUCGCCCGGAACGUUCUCCUGGCGGUCGCCAUGACGCUGGGCUUCAUACAGCUUCUGGAGUUCCUGACGUUCCAUCAUCUGUUCGGCCCGUGGGCCAUAAUCAUCCGAGACCUGAUAAAGGAUCUGUGCCGCUUCGCUGUCAUCCUGAUGCUGUUUCACACGGCCUUCACACUGAGUCUGACGGCUUUAUAUCAACCUGUGUAUCAUCCAGCAAACCCUCAGGACAACAGCAGCGCCAACGCCACCGACGUCGCCGUGCCCGGCCCUUUAAAUAUGUCCUUUCUGCUCUUCUUUGCUUUGUUUGGCCUGACCGAGCUGGAUAAGAUUCCAGUCGUGGAACGCUCGCCUCCCGCCACGGCCGUAUUGGCUAAAAUGUUUUUUGGCGUGUACCUGCUGUUGACCUUCAUCGUGUUGAUCAAUCUUCUCAUUGCCAUGAUGAGCGACACUUACCAGCGCAUCCAGGCCCAGUCCGACACCGAGUGGAAGUUCGGUCGUGCCGUUCUCAUCCGAGAUAUGUGCCACAAGUCUGGAGUUCCCUCUCCGUUCAAUCUCUUCAGCAACCUCUUCUAUUACAUGAAGAUCAUCUGCAAACGUGGAGGUCAGAUGUGCUCUUCUGAUGAUCAUGAUGUGAUGAAUGACGAUGAAGAUGCUGAAGGUUUGUCCAGCUCACGUUCUCUAGACCUUCUGGCUCAGACGUCAGUCAGUUGGGUCAGAGGGAACAAAAGAUCACAGAUCCUCCCCGACGGCAAUCAGGUCAUGAUCUCCAGGUCUGGAGGACAGCUGCGUGUGGAGAACGUGGUUGACUGGCCGAUGGUCGUCCAGAAGUUUUUAGCCCAGCGCAGACAGAGGGACAGAUCGUCUCCGGAUGAAUCUUCAGCGUGAGAAACCAUCUGCACUGUGUCAUCUCUAUCACCUGAGCCCAGAUCUGAUCCUUCUGUUUGAUAAAACAUUAUAAUAAUGGUUACGGUGAUGAUCAUUUCUGGUUUUUAGCACUUAUUAUUCAUUGUUUGUGUGAUGUCAUACACCUGCGUCUAGACGAAAAUGCCCCUUUUCACAAAAUUGCAUACUUAGGGGCCAUUCACACAGAACGCAUCUUUGCGUGUAAAAACGCCAUGUCGUGCUAACUUGCUACUAUAAUCAGAAGCUCACAGCGCUUGCACCGCCUCCAAAUUAUUCUGAUUGGUCCACUGCUUUGGAACUGACAUUGCUGCGUGUAGAAUUUGUAAUUCUUUUAAUUUGAGACGUCUAUUUUUCACAGUUUGUACAGAAUGAGACGAAGUAUUUACUCAGCAGCUCAUACAUCAGCAUGUUCUAUAUAGUAUGCGUGGGGUCAGCAUGCAUACUAUAUCCAUCAUGUUUUCUUUGUCAUGCGCUGUGUUCCUUCGCCUAUGAUGAUGUAUUUACAAUCCGCAAAAAGAAUUCACUGUUGUUAGACAAGUACAAUUGAAUCACAAGGAAUACAUUUGACAGAUCACUAAUGGCUGUAAUACACUACAAGACUUUCGAGAAGUCCAGACUUAAAAUCUGAGCAAAUGUCUUGUAUUUUAGCCUUAACAUAUAAAAAGAACCGCCAACCCUGCUGUUAUCUGGCCUUUUUAAUGUAGUUGUUAUAUUUUUUUCAUAUGGAAGUAGGUGAUUUUGUAGUUUUCUCCCAAGUUAGAAGUUGAACUAAGUGGCGCUCUGUGGAGUUUUGACAUUGUGACUUGAAUGAAACACAGCCGUAUAAAAACCACUCAAGCACUGCCCAGAGAUUGUGUUACGCUAUUGUUAUUCAUUUUGUGCUGUUUUAUUCCUUGUGCCAUCAGUGUUAAUGAAAUAUAUAUCUCUGUUUUUUAUUUAGACUUUUUAAAAUGUAUUUCUGUCUACAUGUAAAGGACACACAUGGUAAACUUUACAAACCGUUCGUUCGUCUCUAUAUGACUGCAAACAGGACAUGUGUAGAGAAAUGAUAGAACAGUCAUAAAUUCUGUUUGUUUGAAAUAAAA